UCGUUAAACAUCGUUAUUGCGUUAUUGUUAUGUUGAGCGGCGCUUAGCCGGGAAGGGGUCGGGGGCGGCGGGGAGAUAGCGCGCCGGUCGCCACGCGCGAAGAACACGACCGCGGCGCAGAACACGACCGCGAUCCGAUGGAGCUGGCCGUGACGAACGCGACGGCGUCGUCGUCGCCCGCGACGCCGGUGUUGCCGGUCCCGUCCGGCACCCGUUUAACGAGUCCCGGAUUGCAGAUGGGUGUCACCGGGCUGUACGCGUUCGGCAUAUUCGGCAACCUGCUGGCGCUGUUCAUAUUGCACCGGACCCGGUCGAGCAGCAACCAGAAACACGGUUUCAUGUUGCGGUGCCUGGCCACCAACGAUUGCAUCGCCCUCACCGGCAUGCUGGUCCAGAUGUUCGUGAGUGUCGGCUGGCCGGGCACCCGGAACAACGUGUGGUCGUGCCGGAUCCGCGUCCUGUGGCGGUUCUUCGGACUGGGCUCCGGGUGCGUGGCCAUCGUGAUGGCCGUCGAACGCUGGCUGGCGCUCACCAAACCGUUUUUUUACCAAAAGCACAUUAGCCUUCGUCUACUUAAACGAAUGAUGGUCAUUCUUUGGUUAGGAGUACUGUGUUUGGUGUGCGCGCCAUACUUUGGAUUCGGUCUUUACUGGGAUGAGACAACGUCAACGUGUGUGCGUUACCGAAAUGCCAAGAAGCCUUUGGACGUGUUAUACGCUUACUUAUAUUUCGGCCAUGGCGUGUUUUUAUGCUUUGCAAUAGUCUACACGAACUUAGCCGUCAUGAAAGCUCUGUGCAUGAAGGACAGUCCUCACAACAAGCACAACGUGUUGAUGAGACGCAUAAGCCGAGGGUCGUCGUUGACCUGCAACGCAGCUACCAAAGAAGAAAGAGCGUUCGGUUGGCUCAUGUUUUUCCUGUGCGUCGCGUUUGUCACAUGUUGGGUUCCACAAAUGAUAUCGAUACCGCUGUCCAGGUUCAUGGUCGACGAGGCAAAGAUUCGGCCGUUCUACAUCGCCGCGGACAUGCUGCUGGCCAUGCACUUCGCGCUGGACCCUUACCUGUACGUGCUCCAGCACUGGACGUUGGUCAAGUCCAUCUGCUUGCGGCCGCAGAACAAGAAGAACGCCAACGGCGGCAGCACGAGCGUGAGUCGCAGCAGUUCCAUGAGAACAACGUACGAAGUAUUCUCGCAGCAGCCGCUCUGAUUGCGAUUUAUACGUCCGGCUGCAGUGUGUCUGCCGCUGCUGCACGAGUGUGUUUGGGCAUGACCGUAUAAUAUAAUACAAUGUUAUAAUAAUAUAUAUGAUGCGUAGACGAUAUUAUUAUAUUGUGUCAGUGUG